AUGGAGCCCAAUACCCAUGGAGCCCGAAACGAUGAUUUCACCUGCGGACAAUGCGGUGAACCUGGCCACAUGACUCGCCAGUGCCCGAAUGACUCGGUUCCUCUGGGACAGGGAGACAACAAUGCAGGUGUUGCUCAUGACAACUACGCCUACGACAAUGGUGAAUACGCCGGUGGCGGUGACCGCGCUUGCUACAACUGCGGCCAAGAAGGCCACAACAAGGCGGAAUGCCCUGAGCCCCGCAAGAUGGGCGCGUGCUUCAACUGCGGCGAAGAAGGUCACUCCAAGUCCGAAUGCCCUAAGCCCCGUGUGUUCAAGGGUACCUGCCGUAUCUGCGAGAAGGAAGGUCACCCGGCUGUUGAUUGUCCCGAGCGACCCCCUGAUGUCUGCAAGAAUUGCCAGGCUGAAGGCCACAGGACCAUGGAAUGCAAGGAGAACCGAAAGUUCGACCUCAACCGCGUUGCUGAUAUGCUUCCCCACGAGGGUUGGGCGGCAAUGAAGAAGGCCAGCGAUGAAAGGGAUCUUGACGAUUUCCGUGAGGCACUGAAGAUUUACUCCAAGGCAGUUCCCCAUGCCACUUGGGCUGAUAUCGAGAGAAAAAUGCGCGAAGAUAACUUCAACAUCUACAUCAUUGCUAUGGAGGCUGAAGUUGACGAUGUCAUGAGCCUUAUCGAUCUUCAGGGAGUGCUUGAUCGCGAGUUCGUGAUUGGAUUCUUUUUUAGCCCCAAGCCGUCGCGUGGUAACCUCCGAGACCGUUGGCCUGCGAAUGCCGAGGAGAACCUCGAACGCAUGAAUAACGCUGGUGUUCUCUACGAGCGCAAGGUGCCUAAGUGUCUCAACUGUGGAGAGUUGGGACAUAUCUCGCGCAGUUGCAAAGAGGAGCGCACGGAGAACGAGCGUGUGGAAAUCAAGUGCUCAAACUGUGAUGGGGUUGGACACCGCGUGCGCGAUUGCACACAGCAGCGCAAGAACAAGCAUGCUUGCCGUAACUGCGGAUCUGAGGAGCAUGUUGCUUCUGACUGCCCUGAGCCCCGAUCUGCGGGCGAUGUUGAAUGCCGGAAGUGCAACGAAACUGGCCAUUUCGCCAAAGAUUGCCCCAAUGUUGCUGAUCGCGGCCCUCGCACCUGUCGCAAUUGUGGAUCUGAAGACCACAUCGCUCGCGAUUGUGAUCAGCCUCGCGAUGUCUCUACUGUUACCUGCCGAAACUGCGAAAAGACCGGACAUUACUCUCGUGAUUGUGACCAGCCGAAAGAUUGGUCGAAGGUUCAGUGCAAGAACUGCGGAGAAAUGGGUCACACCGUUGUCCGUUGCCGCCAGCCGCGCAAGGAUGAAGAGCCUCAGGACGAACCCGCUUUCUCUCCCGGCUCUCCCGCGCGUGAAGAACCUGAUCUGCUGGGCCCAGAGGCUAACGAGGAACCGUUCGAAUUCAAGCGCCAUGAUGACAAUGACGACUUGUGGUAA